AUGCAAGGCUCCAUGGCUUCUACCGUCUUUUCUAUGCCUUCGUUAGUUACAACGCUCAAAGCUCAAAGACCAAGACUUGUCCUUCUUCCAUGUCGUAAUUUCAUUCAACCUAACUUAACCCUCAAAUUUCCCAGAUUGGGGAUUUCUUAUUCAAAAACAAAGGAAUCAAGACAGGUUUCCCCUGUUGUGAUUUCUUGUUUGGUUGAAGAUAAUCCUGAAGCGUGUCAAGAAUCGGAAGGAUCUUCUGGCUCUCACGAAUCAAAUCCCGGAGCAACAAUAGACCUCAAACUCCCGAGAAGAAGCUUGUUAUUGCAUUUUACCUGCAAUUCUUGUGGUGUAAGAUCACAAAAGCUCAUAAACAGAUUAGCUUAUGAAAAAGGGACAGUUUUUGUACAGUGCACAGGGUGUUUGCAGUAUCACAAACUUGUUGACAAUCUGAAUCUUGUGGUUGAAUAUGAUUUAAGGGAGGAAAUAGAUAUAACUUCUGAUACAACAGAUCAAGUUUAA